UUUAAAUAAAAACAAAAAAUAUUUAUACCCAUCCAAAUUAGCUUCUUGAUCUUCCCUAUAUGCCUAAAUUAUAUUCAGAUUCUGUAGAAAGUUAGUAACUGCCCAGAUAAUUUUGGACCAUGCAAGUCCAAAUUAGUAUUUUAUUGUCGUUAGGCUAUCAAAUUCCUCUAUAUAUACGUGACACAAAUUAAGUCCUAUAAACCAUAAAACUUUAAGUUCUUUUUGUUUGUCAAUUUGAGAUGGAGAAUAGAAGUAAAACAGCGACGAGCAGCGUGUACGAAGAUUUGUUACCUGUGAUGGCGGAGAAGCUCGAUGUGGAUUCGUUUGUUUCGGAACUAUGCGGCGGGUUUCGGCUUCUGGCGGAUCCUGAGAAAGGGUUGAUCACGUCGGAGUCUUUGAGGAGAAAUUCGGCACUUCUGGGGAUGGAGGGGAUGAGCAAAGACGAGGCUGAGGCGAUGGUACAGGAAGGUGAUCUUGAUGGUGAUGGAGUACUUAAUCAAACCGAGUUUUGUAUUCUGAUGGUUAGACUCAGCCCUGGAAUAAUGAAUAAUGCUGAAGCUUGGCUUCAGAAGGCACUUGAUCAUGAGUUCAGGAAUUUGUCACCUUGAUUUUUUUUGUAUUUUCACUUAUUUGAUAAACCCUUGUUUCUACUUGGCUUCAGAAGGCACUUGAUCAUAUAAGUUCAGGAAUUUGUCACCUUAAAUUUUUUUGUAUUUCUACUUAUUUGAUAAAUCCUUGUCUCUUCUUGAUGAAUAUUUUUCAAUGAUGAUGAUCUCUAUGAUUGUAUUGAUAAA